CUGAGAGCAUCGAGAGCGCCAACAUCAGCAGAUCACUGAAGGCCCAACGCACCUGUCGCUAGCCCCUCGCUGCACUUAGAGAGUUUCAGAAACCGCGCGCGAGUCACGCCGCUCUCUCCGCUCUCCCUCUCCUCUCUCCCCUCCCUCCAUGCUGCGCGCGACGCUACCCCCUCGCUGGCUGCACUGCGCACCGAUUCUCCGCGCGUCUCGCCACUCCCGUCCCGCUCGCUUCACACGCUGUCCCCUCGGCAUUCGUGCUCCGCGCCACCUCGAUUGCCCCGCGCUCGUCGGCUGUUCCCCUCGCCGUGGCCUCAUGGCGGAGGCCGCAGAGCGUAACGAGCAGCAGCGUGCCGCCGCUGCUGUGUUGCGACAGCACGAUAGCACGAUGACCAACCCAGGCGAUAAUGCGGUUACCAGACAAGACGGGACCAGCGGGGAGGAACGUUGCGUGGCGUUUGAAGUUCGUGCGACCGACGGCGACGCACGCGUUGGUCGCAUUCUGGCGACGAGGGUGGGCGAUGCGGGGAGAGGAGGGGAUCAAAUGCGGGACACAGAGGGGCAAGGAGGAACACAGAGCGAUGCCGAGUGGUUUGAAGUGGCGACGCCCGGCCUGCUGGCGUACACGCGGCGAGGGCUGCCGCUGCAUUUGACGCCGGACGUGAUGCAGACUCUGGGGUUCGCGGGGUGGAACGCGUGCUCCGUGCACUUUCUCGAGAGCCCCUCCCACCAGACCAUUGCCGCCCACACACGCGCCCGCACACCGUCGCCAUCCGCCCCUUCCCAUCCCCCCCCCUCUACUCGCCUCCCCCCCUCCGGGCUGCACGGCUUCCUCUCCCUCGCCCCCGCCACCCUCCUCCUCUCCUCGCCGCGCGACUCGCUGCUCUUCCCGGGCUGCAAGGAGGGCGGCAAGGCCUCGGCACGACCUGCCACGUGGUUUGACACCCCCAGCGGCCGCAGGCAGGUCACUGCAGAGGGCCACAGUGCCAUCGUGGCAUCGCUGCUGCCACAUGUUGCCAUCCCGUUGCACGAUGCGCCACCCGCCACGUCAUCGCUGAAUCGCCAGCGAGUGGCUGUGGAGCGAUCGCUGACGUGGCUGGAUGAAGAGCUGCGAUUGGCUGAAGGCAGAGCUCAACAUAGAACCGCCAUGCUGGGGGCAGUGGUGGGAGGGCGCUUUCACGACGAGAGGAGGCGGUCAGCCAGAGAAACUGCAGCGAGGAAAGGGCUGGCAGGGUACCACCUGGCGGGGUUCGGCUUGGGGGAGCCCAUGGACGAGAGGGAUGCGCUGCUGGCCGCUGCUCUUUCAGAGCUUCCUCCCGAGGGACUGAGGCACACGUCAGGUCUCAACACGCCAGAGGAGGUGCUGCAGGGAGUGGCCAUGGGCGUUGACCUCGUUGACUGCACCUACCCCCACGACCUCACUCUGCUGGGCCUCGCCUCCACCCUGCCGCUGCUGCCGCCCUGGUGGGGGGACGUGGUGGGGACGGGGGAAGGGGGCCAGGGCGCUAAAGGCCAGGCAGCAGCGAUUGGGGGGAAGAUGGAUGGUUGGGUGGAGGAGGAGACGAGCAAGUUGAACCUCAGAUGCACUUGGCACAAGCGCAGCUUCGUCCCCAUCGCCCCUGCGUGCGCGUGCUACACGUGUGCGCGCCACACGCGCGCAUACGUGCACCACCUGCUGGACGCGCACGAGAUGCUGGCGCUCGUGCUCCUCGACAUCCACAACCACCACCACAUGCUUCAGUUCUUGGCGGUCAUCCGGCAAGCCAUCAGCCUGGGCGUGUUUCAGAGGUACAGGCAAUGGUUCGUCCGAGCCAGGCACCACGAAGCUCAGUCCCUUGUCACCGCGGUGUAACUCUUGAGUCCCUGUGAGCCGUACUCCAGGCAUGUUGCAUCAUGUUUGGAGGCAGCUUAUAAGCCUAG